AUGCACAGCCCUUUCCAAAGCUCGCAAACAAGUUCCCUGCGUACCAAGGCCUCGAGAAUGAUAUCCUUGAUUGUUACGUCAUUUCUUAUCUUGUUUAUUUCUAGUGUUCCGCUGAAGUUCUUCAAGGAGAAGUCUCAGUACCCCCUUGCGAAUCCUCCAGGCUGGUUUCAGACCCGUCUUUCCAAGCAAAUCGAGUUCUUACGAGCGGGAUUGGAGAUAGCUGAGAAAGCAAGGAAGAAGUACGGGGACAAGCCAUACAGACUCAUCGCCGAGCAGGGUGAGGUAUUGGUUCUUCCACCUGCAUAUGCCCACAAAAUCCGGAAUGAAGAAAGUUUGAGUUUCAGCAAGGCUAUACGACAGCUCAGAUCACCCAAGGACUUCAAUGGCCACCUUGCAGGCUUCGAACCGUUCCGAUUCCUGGACCAUGACCAGCAGAUUGUUCAGAGAGUAAUACGAAAGCAACUUACCAAAUAUCUCAAUACGGUUACAGAACCUAUUUCCUUGGAAGCUACAUUUGCUGUCAGGUUGAUUUUUGGUGAUGAUCAUGAUUGGAAAGCAACCUGCAUCAAAGAGUCUAUGCUUGACCUAAUUGCCCGUAUCUCGUCUCGCGUGUUUCUUGGUGAAGAACUGUGCCGAAAUGAGGAAUGGAUUAACAUAACAAAGGCAUAUACUGUCAAUGCUUUCACAGCAUCCCUUAAGAUGAGCCUUAUUCCGAAGUUUCUAGUACGAGUGUAUAGCUGGUUUUCAGCCGAUUGCAAGUCUGUUCGCAAGAACCUCGAAGAUUCGCAAAGAAUCAUCGAGCCCGUCAUUAAAAAGAGGCAAGCACUCAAGGCUCGAGCCCAAAAAGAAGGAACGCCAAUCCCAACUUUCAACGAUGCACUCGAUUGGGCCGAGUUGGAGAGUGAGGGGGUGAAUUAUGAUAGGGGAGUUUUGCAGUUGUUACUGUCGUUUGCCGCCAUACAUACUACGACAGAUCUGCUCACUCAGACCCUCCUGCGGCUCGCUAACGAACCAGAGCAAAUUGACCGAUUGCGCGAGGAGAUAGUUCGAGUCUUAGGCGCUGAAGGCCUAAAGAAGAGUGCACUCUUCAACAUGAAGCUUCUUGACAGUGCACUGAAGGAGACGCAAAGGGUUAAGCCGAAUGGCCUUCUUGUCAUGCGCAGGAUGGCCACACAACGAAUUAAUCUUCCAGACGGACUAGUCAUCCGCAAAGGCGAAAGGGUCACAACAGAUGCAAGCAACAUGAUCAAUCCUGAGAUUUACGAGAAUCCGAAAAAGUACAACAUCGACCGUUACGCACGUAUGCGGGACAACCCUGAGACAGCAAAUAAGGCACACCUCGUGUCCACAGGGACAGAUAACCUGACAUUUGGCCAUGGAAUCCACGCGUGUCCUGGUCGCUUCUUUGCAGCAAACGAAAUCAAGGUUGCGCUGUGUCAUCUUUUGCUAAAGUACGACUGGAGAUUAGCAGAUAGGACAAGUCUAGAGCCGAUGCGCACUAUAGGAGUUAUGACCACUCUUGAUCCGAGGAAUCUCCUAGAAUAUCGACGCCGCAAGGAAGAGGUCAACUUAGAGUCUUUGUUCUGA